AUGUCUACUUUUCAGCUAUCAGAAGAUUGUAUAACUGACCUUGCAGAGCUUGUCCUUCAAAUGGCACUAUGUGAAUGGGGUGAUUGCAAAAUUAUGCUGAAUUGUUGGCUCAAUAUACACAAGCAUAUCCUAGAACACUGUUCUACCGCUGCUGCAAAGGAUGGCAAACACCAUUGCUGUCUGCCAAAGUGUAAACAGUCACUGCACAGUUCAACAUCAGUGUUGCAGCUACAUUGUAAACUCAGCCAUAUUUCACGCAUUCCAUUACCAUGUCCUGCGAAAGGUUGCCAUGAAGCAUUUACUUGCGCUACCGCUCUUAAAUCUCAUUUUGUAGCUACACAUGCCGAUUUGCUUGGGAAGUGGAUUACGCUGCCGUCCAACGACAUUUCCCCCAUUGCUGCACCAUUUCUGCCUCAUACAAGACCCUCCCCACCUCCGCUGCCCGAUCAUGCCAUACUACCACUAUGGAAGAUCACCCCACUCGUCAUUCCCGCGCCGCCUUACCAGCCCAGGAAAGAACAACCUCGAGGCCUGGCAAGGAGAUGGCACAGACUUAGUGCAGAGGAUGAGGAUGAUGACGACGAAGACGAGGCACGUAUAGCGUUCGAAGACCUGCUUCAGGUUCCUCUCAAUCCAGAUCACAUUGUCAACACUGUCAUCAGGUCAAAGCCACCAAAUCUUGACCACCAACUCUCUAGGCCGCAGACUGGCGUUGCUCCAGCACUGCAGAGUGAUGAUGUACUCCGAUCUAUGCUCUUUGAAGCACUUUCCAAGCGGAUUGAAGCUAGACUGGAGAUUUAG